AUGGGAAACAAACAACCUUCAGAGAAAAUUCAAGAUCAAUCGACCAUAGAGACAUCAAUGGCAUCUGAAAACGAGUCUCCAGCUCUGCGCGUCGAAGCACCUGAUGAUCCGCUCCUAGAAACAGCUUCAGUGAAAAUUGAAAUCACAGAUGAUGGAAGAAUGGCGGCAAAGUUCUGUAGAGCUUUCGCGGAAAAUGCCCAGGAAAGCAAGCAUUCUCGCCUUCACGAAGAAAUCAAGCGAAAACAACAAGAAAGUGCUCCUCUUUCUGGACGAAGUUCAAGAGUUUCUUCGGAUCAAUGUGGAGCUACCUCUUGCUCAAAUAGAGUAUCAGUCGGAACGAAGUCGAAUUCAAUCAUUCAAAUCAACCCGCCAGAGCUUUCUUUAUUCCAGCAUAUCAGCAAAUCAAAGUGCCUUUAUUCCUUACUUCUUCUACUUUUAUUCCCUCCCACUGGAGCCAUCGCCCUGUACUGGUCGAUAAAAUCAAUUCGCUACUCGAAGGAGAACAAAAAACAUUUGGCUUUGGACAAGGCCGACCUGGCUUGCAUAAUUAACAUUGUUGGUGCUUGGAAUGUUUGA